AUGUUGUUCUCUUCCUCGAGUUCCUUCUUUCUUUGGCUUCUUCUCAUCUUAUCUGUAACAUUUUCUCUUGUUUUAGGGGAUAAAGCAUUUACAGGAACAUAUGGAGUAAACUACGGUAGGAUAGCAGACAAUUUACCUUCACCAGAGAGUGUGGUUACGCUGCUCAAAGCUGCGAAGAUUAGAAACACUAGAAUAUAUGAUGCUGAUCAUCAAGUCCUCAGUGCCUUCAAAGGGUCUGGAAUUGGAAUUGUGGUAGGACUUGGCAAUGAAUUUCUGAAAGACAUAAGUGUUGCAGAGGAUCGUGCCAUGGAUUGGAUCAAAGAAAAUGUUGAGCCAUUUCUUCCAGGGACUAAAAUUAGUGGAAUUGCUGUGGGGAAUGAAAUCUUGGGAGGCACAGAUGUAGGACUUUGGGAAGCUUUGCUUCCUGCAGCAAAAAAUGUUUACAGUGCCCUUGAUAAGCUUGGUUUAACACGUGAUAUUCAGGUUUCAAGUCCACAUUCAGAGGCUGUGUUUGCUAAUUCAUAUCCUCCAUCUGCAUGCACUUUUAGGGAUGAUGUCCUCCCAUACAUGAAGCCUCUCUUGCAAUUCUUCUCACAGAUUGGCACUCCUUUCUUCAUCAAUGCAUACCCUUUCCUGGCCUAUAAGAAUGAUCCUCAGCAUAUUGACAUUAACUAUGCUCUCUUCAAAAAAAAUCCCGGGAUUUAUGAUGCCAAGACUAAACUACACUAUGAUAACAUGUUUAUGGCUCAAAUUGAUGCAGCUUAUACUGCCUUGGAGAAGGUUGGGUAUGACAAGAUGCAGGUGAUUGUUUCUGAGACUGGUUGGGCUUCUCGUGGGGACGAUGAUGAAGCCGGAGCAAACCUGAAAAAUGCAAGGACUUACAAUAAAAAUUUGCGCAAGCUGCUACUCAAGAAAAAGGGUUCCCCUUAUAGGCCAAAGAUGGAGGUGAAGGCUUAUAUCUUUGCUUUGUUUAAUGAGAACUUGAAGCCUGGGCCUACAUCCGAGAGAAACUUUGGAUUGUUCAAGCCAGAUGGAAGCAUUGCAUAUGAUAUAGGCUUUACUGGACUUGUUUCCUCAGCAACCUCAUCAUUUCUUUCCUUCAAGGGGAUAUGGUCUUCAUACGUAAUGGUUUCUUCAACUUGUGCUACUCUUCUUCUUCUUGUUGUUGCAUUCUAAUCGGUCAUGAGAUCGAAGGCACGAGUGGAUUCAAUGAUUCUUUGGAUCGUGU